AUGGCAGUUCUGUGCUAUCUUCUUCUCAUAGACUCCCCAGCCCUGUCUCCUAAAUGGCUUAGCACGGAUGAGAUUCGCUUUUUGGAACUUCGUCAGAUUGCGAAUCUUAAUCAGGGUGAGAACCAUAAAUCCUUUGACAUGAGAGCCUUGAUUAGUGUUGUUACAGAUUGGAAGAUUUAUCUUCUCAUCUUUGGCGCCUGGUCAAAUGCUGUUCCUAACUAUGCUCUCAAAUUCACCAUGCCUGAAAUCAUCACCUCAAUGGGAUAUACUUCUGCCAAGGCCCAGCUGCUGACCAUCCCACCUUACGCUGUUGGAGCCUUUUCCUCUUAUGGCUUUUCGGUAUUUGCCGACCGCUAUAAAUGGAGAAUGCCAUUUAUUCUUGUUCCACAACUAUCUAUCGUCGUCGCAUUUGCAAUCUUAUUUUCCAAGGCCGCCGAAAUCGAUAACAACAUAGCUCUCUGCUACUUUGGAGUAUGUCUCGCUUGCUUUGGAAUGUACCCUAUUCUCCCGGGUGUCAAUACUUGGAAUGUUUCCAACAACCCCGAUCCGCAUAAGCGAGCCGUCGCCAUCGGAUAUCUCAUAUGCAUGGGAAAUGUGGGCGGAAUUAUUGGCAGCUUCAUUUAUCGUGCAGAUGAGAAGCCCCGAUAUCCAACGGGCUACGGCACAUCGUUGGCAUUUGCGGCGGCAGGAAUCGUGGCAUGUCUUGUCUUAGAAGGAUUGCUUUGGAGAUCGAACAAAAGGAACUCGCAUCUCACUGUGGAGGAAAUCCGCCAAAGGUAUACUGAAGGAGAGCUUCAAAAAAUGGCCGAAAGAAGUCCCCUUUUCAAGUACACGCUCUAG